UAACAAAAACAGUCCCGGCACAUCACACCCGAAUCACCUCAGUCAGUCAGUUGGCCACGCACAUCGGAGGGGGGAGGACACACACGCUCACCGCUCCACUAACCUCACCUGGACCGGGGUUUGGGUAGAGCGGCAUACCUGGGCGUCUACGAGGGGGGAGGAAUGGACCAGCCAGCCACCAGGAGGAUAGGGAAGAAGGACCAGCGCAUGAGGGAGGAGGAGGAGGAGGAGGAGGAGGUGGAAGAGGUGUUUUUUCCACUUGGAGGGACGAAGCCAGUGGAUAAACUUCGCGAAUACUAUGACGAAGCGAAGACCAAACUGAGGAGCUAUCUUAGUAGAGAGGACGAUAUGGGCACGGGCAGCAGCUCUCCCCGGGGCGUGGGCGGCGGCAUGGGCGUGGAAGGGGGCACGGGGGGCACCGUCUUCCAGCAGCGCCCCCCCCACUGCCGUCUGGAGGGGCGCACGGAGCCGGGGGGUGGGGAGUUUACCGACAUAUCCUACAGUGACCUCGGUUUCAUCAUCAUCCCGAGUCCCAAAAAGCUCACCAUCAACAACAACUACAAGACGAGUGUGGACGGCAAUCCCCCAAACUCCACUUCCGCCAACCACUCCACCUCCUCUUCCAACCCCUCCUCCACCUUCACCUCCCACGCCUCCCUCCCCAACUCCCCGACACCCACGCCCUCCGAGGGCGGCUACAUGGAUCACCACGACUGUGACCCCGUGAGCAGCGAGGUGGAAAGCGGACACGCCUCCUCCACCUCCACCUCCACCGUCACCACCUCGCCCACCACCUCGCCGCCCAUCACCACGCCCCCCGCGCUGCACCGCCGCUCCUCCAACUCCAGCUUCCCGCGCCACCUGCCCGGCUCCAACUCGCCCACCUGCGACUCGCCCACUCUGAUGGACGACCUUAAGCUGGAGGAGAUCACGACAUAGGCAGGUGGAUGACUGGAUGAUUGACCUGUAAGUGGAUGACUGAUUGGGUGAUUUUCCUGAGGGAGUGGCUGACUGAUUAGCAUACUCGGUGAUGAUGGAUGACUAAUUGAAUGACUUACCUGUUUGAAUGGAUGACUAAUUAGAUAAUGUGUUUCGCUGGUGUAGAGUGGAUUAGUUACCUGUGCGAAAGUGGACGACAAUUGGAUGACUUACCUGUUAAUGGAGUACUGUUUGGAUGACUUACCUGUAUGAAGGAUGACUUAUUGGAUGACUGGCCUGGAGAUGGAUGACUAUUGGUAACUUACUUAUUUGAAUGGGUGACAGGUUAUAUAAUGUACUUACCUGUUGAUGAUGGAUGGCUGGAUGACCUACCUGUAAAUGGAUGACUGAUUGGAUGACUUACUUGUGGGAGUGGAUGAAUGGUUAGAGGAAUGGAUAAUAGGUGAAUGUUUUUUUUUUUUUUUUUUGGUGUGUGUGUGCUGUUGUUGUUUUGUGCUUGCUUGUUGUUUUCUUUGUUUUUUUUGUUUGUCUUUUCCAGGUUUUGUUUUACUGUCAUGGUUUUUUUUCCUUUUCGGCGC